CCGUUGUGAAACCCGUGUCGAAGCUUCGUGCUUCGAUCGUCUUCAGGGCGGAGCGGUAUGGGUUCGAUCUUGAUCAGAUCUCUGACGCUGGUUUUAACAGUGAAACGUUUGAUGACUUUUUUCAUCAGCGCUCCUAAAACGAAGCUGCGGCAGUGCGCUCCUCCCAUUAAGUUAGCACAACUCUCUCUUGUGUCCUGCACGUCGUCUUUACAGGGAGACGACGCUGGAAAAGCUGCUGAAGCUAAGAAGACUGUUCCAGACUCGCAGAUGUUCGAAGACAAGUUUAAUGAGCUGGUGACGGAGCUCACACAGAGGGAUGUGACCGAUCCCGUGCUGGCUGACGCCAUAAGCAGACUAAGGGAGGUUCUGGUGUUCAACGUCCCUGGAGGAAAGAGGAACCGAGGCCUGUCUGUGAUUGGCUCGCUGCGGGAGUUUGUCCCGCCCACUGCGCUCAGUGCUGACACCGUGCAGCGCGCUCUGCUGGUCGGCUGGUGCAUUGAACUGCUUCAGGCGUUUUUACUCGUGGCUGAUGAUAUUAUGGAUGCAUCAGUGACUAGAAGAGGACAGCCCUGCUGGUACAAGAAAGACGGAAUAGGUCUGGAUGCCAUUAAUGAUGCAUUUCUCUUGGAAGCAACAGUCUAUAGAUUGCUUCGCCGACACUGCAGGGACCAGCCCUACUACAUCCACCUACUCGAGCUGUUUACUGAGACAACUUUCCAAACAGAGCUUGGCCAAGCGCUAGACCUCAUGACAGCCCCUCCUGGCAAGAUUGACCUCCACAGGUUCACCAUGGAGAGGUACAAAGCUAUUGUAAAAUACAAGACUGCCUUCUACUCUUUUUACCUGCCAGUGGCUGCAGCAAUGUACAUGGCAGGGAUUGAGAGUGAAGAGGAGCACAGUAAUGCCAAACACAUCUUACUGGAGAUGGGAGAGUUUUUUCAAAUACAGGAUGAUUACUUGGACUGUUACGGUGAUCCUUCUGUGACGGGGAAGAUUGGUACAGACAUUCAAGAUAAUAAAUGCAGCUGGCUGGUUGUGUCGGCACUAGAAAUCAUGACUCUUGAGCAGAGAGCAGAGUUAGAGGCAUGUUACGGGCAGCAUGAUGAUGCUUGUGUUGCGAAGGUCAAAGCACUGUACAACGCCCUGCAGCUACCAACAGUCUACAAAAAAUACGAAGAGCAGAGCUACCAGCAGCUGCACAAACUCAUUAACUGUUACGCUCAAAACCUUCCUCAUUCAGUUUUCUUUAAUUUUGCAAAGAAAAUCUAUAGGAGGAAGAAGUGAAAAAGAAUGAUUUUAUUUUAUUUUAUUUUAUUGGAAAUUGUAUUUGGUAGAACAGGGUUGAAUGGUUUUGCUUAUGUUAGUCUGGUUUUAGAGUGGCUAUGGGGUAGGACAAGGCAAUGGGUGAAUUUUGAACCAGGCUCCCAGCAGCCAUUGGUGUGUGAUUUGUAGAGAUUUGAUUGGGAAUGUCACAAACAAGGGGCCAGCAUGGUCCUUUAAUGGUUAGCACCAUUGCCUCACAUCAAGAAGGUCCUGUUACCUCUUCCCACCUGGUCUUUUCUGUGUAGUCUCGUGGGUUCCCUCCAGGUGCUCCGACUUCCAAAGACAUGCAAGUUAGGUGAAUUGAAAAACUUUAAAUUGACCAUAGGUGUGAAUGUGUUUGUCUGUCCAGGGUGUAACACGCUUCUCGCCCUAUGGGUGCUGCAAUAGACCCCAGCCCCUCAUGACCCUAAUUGGAGUAAGCGGGUAUAGAAAAUGAAUGAAUGUCACCAAACAAGCUGCCUCUUUUGAAUCAUGUUUUCUAUUUAUUGAUGUUGCGCCAUAAUGGCCCGUGUCGGCUGUCAUGAAAACGGCAGGAAACCAUGGCCAUAAAGAUGAGAUCUGUAUCACACAUGCUUUAUCUUGCCUUCAGUAUGUGGCAGGAAGAAAAUACAGCACAAACCAAAUAAAAUACUUUGGAAC